UUCAUCAGCUGGCUUAAAAUUGUCAUCAGCUGCUUUAACAUAAUUUACUUGCCUAGCUGGAUAUUUUUGAUUUUUUUGAAGUUUAAUAAAUGCAUGUUCCCGGGCUUCACAGCUUUUAAAUGCAUGGUAAAUGCUUGAUUACCAAGUUACUGAGCUUGCCGGGUGCCACUGCAUCGACUUCUGCUCGUUUGCUUCAGUGCUCUUGUUAUUCCGGAACAUCUGUGCGCCGCAUGGCAUCGCCAACGAAUAUUGCCAAAAAGUCGACGAAAGUUUCGUCGGAGAUAAUAGCACAGCUUGGAAAGCCGCCCAAGAUGCGUGAGAAUCCCGCAUUUAAGAAGGUGGACAGCGAUGAAUUCCAUAGCAUAUUUACACCAGAGUUGCAGGCUCUCGUGGCUCUGUUUAAGAAAUAUAACUACGAACUGCGGAUUGCUGGCGGCGCCGUUCGAGACAUAUUGAUGAGCAUCAAACCGAAAGACAUUGAUUUUGCCACAACUGCAACGCCGGAUCAGAUGAAGGAGAUGUUUGCUAAGGAAGAGGUGCGACUGAUUAACGCUAAGGGCGAAAAGCAUGGUACAAUUACGCCUCGCAUUCACAACAAAGAGAAUUUCGAGGUGACAACGUUGCGUAUCGAUGUGCGCACAGAUGGACGCCACGCGGACGUUGUCUUUACCACGGACUGGCAACUGGACGCUAAUCGUCGCGACUUGACCAUUAACUCCAUGUUUCUCGGCUUCGAUGGCACAGUCUACGAUUACUUUUACGGCUACGAUGAUGUACAAAAACGUCGCGUCGUUUUUGUGGGUGAUGCCGAUGUGCGCAUCAAGGAGGAUUUCUUACGUAUUCUUCGUUACUUUCGCUUCUAUGGCCGCAUAGCAGCGAAGGCAGACUCCCAUGACAAGGCAACGCUGGCGGCCAUUAAGGCCAAUGCCGAUGGUCUGGCACGCAUUAGUGGCGAACGCAUUUGGGCAGAGCUUCAAAAGAUUGUAGUUGGCAAUUUUAAUCGCGAGCUGCUGCUGGAAAUGAACAAUUGCGACUUGCUGCAGCAAUGCGGACUACCCAGUCAUCCGAAUCUUGAAGAGUUUGAGCGACUGUGCGUCGAUCUCAAGUUUUUCGAUGAGCCACAUUAUCCAAUUCUAUAUUUGAUUGCUUUGCUCCAUAGCAGUGAAGAGGCCAUGAAGCUACACGAACGUCUUAAGCUUAGUGCCUAUGAGCGCGACCUGGCUUUAUUCAUUACGCAGCAGCGGGACAGAGUAAACUCCGAUUAUGCUUGUCUACGUGAUUAUCAAAAAUUGUGCCUUCAGCCGUAUGCCAAACGGGAUUACGUUGAGCAGCUACUAAAAUAUGCCAACAAAUUGGAGCUCUACACGGAGCUCAAGAAGUGGCAGACGCCCAGCUUACCUAUUAAUGGCAACACGCUAAAACCAUACGGCUUGGUAGGUAAGCAAGUGGGCGUGGUCUUAAACGAAUUGCGCCUCCUGUGGGCAGACAGCGACUUUACAUUGAGUGCCGAGCAGCUGCUAGAAAAGAUGCCCACCAUACUAGAGCAAUUACCAUCGCCCAAUAAAAAGCUACGUACACAGUGA